CUGAAGAUUUAAUCUCCAAUUACAAACACAUGAGCUACACACACACAGUUUACGUCAAUGCGGUUAUCGAAAAUACUUAUUUGGUACAUAUACACUGAUAAAUAGGAAUAUUCUCUUUCAUGCGAAAGUGCUGCACUAUGGCUUGGUAGCACCUUGCAGCACAACAUGGGGAUCGGGACUCAGCUCUUGCUCCUGCUCUGGAAGAACAUCACUUACCGCAGGAGGAACAAGGUCCAGUUGAUUAUCGAGCUGGUCUGGCCUCUGUUCCUCUUCCUCAUCCUCAUCUCAGUGCGUCACUCUCAUCCUCCCUACAAACAGAGCCAAUGUCAUUUCCCCAACAAGGCACUUCCCUCAGCAGGCACUCUGCCAUGGGUUCAAGGGAUCAUCUGCAACAUCAACAACCCCUGUUUCCACAACCCCACUCAGGGGGAGACCCCAGGGCGGGUGGGCAACUUUGACAACUCCAUACUCUCUCGACUCUUAGUGGACUCCCAGACAAUCCUGUCCUACAGUGGCAACCAGACAGCCUUUUCUGGCUUUCAGGACCUUCUAGAUACUAUACGGAGACUUGGAGAGAGGCCAGGCGCCUGGCCAAAUCUUCCUGUGGGAGAAUACCUGCGAGCCAAUCAGACCUUCUCCAACUUUCUCCUGACCAAUGGCAGCCUGUCUCCCUCUGCCCUAGACCAGCUGUUCAGGGCUCGCCUGAACUUUCAGGUGGUGUCUCUGGCAGGCACUGGGGUGAUGCUGAAGGACAUUGUGUGCAAUGCCACUGUGCUGAGCCAGUUCCUCACUGUAGAUCAAGAGGAUUCUAUGGCAGAGCUGCAGAGCCAGCUCUGUGCCAUCCCAGCCGACACCCUGCAGCAAGCAGAGCAGCUCUUCCUCUCCCAGCUGGACUUCAGCAAGUUCUUCACGAGAGACAGACUGAGGGCCAACGCCGGUGAUCUCCGGGUCAUCAGUCAAGCGGUCACCUCCGUGUCCAAGGAGUUGGCAGUACUCAUGGAUGACCUGUCCUCUCUUGCUAGCUUUAGGGAGUUGAACUCGGAGCUGCGUCUGCUCUCGCCAGAGAACCGUUCGACCCUGCCGCGGGAGAGCUUCAGGGCCUUCUCCAGGAUUAUGUGUGGCCACCCUGAGGUGGGCGGCGAGAGGAUCCCUUCACUCAACUGGUACGAGGACAAUGACAUCAAGUCAUUCCUGGGCAAGAACGGCACCGAGGACAACGACAUGGACAAGGACAACGUCACCACCCCGUACUGUAAAAGCUUGAUCCAGAGCCUGGAGUCCAACCCAUUGUCUCGCAUCGUGUGGAGAGGUAUCAAGCCCCUGUUCAUUGGCAAACUGCUGUAUACACCGGACACCCCUGCCGUACGCGACGUCAUGAAAGAGGUGAACAAGACCUUCCAGGACCUGCAGGUCCUAGAGGAGCUGAAUGGUGCCUGGAUGGAGGUGGCACCUGGUAUCAAGACCUACAUGGAGAGUAGUGUGGAGAUACAGCUGCUGCAGGAUCUGCUGAGGCGACCGGAGGUGGCUGUGUUGGUUAAUCUGCAGCUGGAGAACACUUCCUGGACAGCCAAGCGCAUUGCCCGCUUCCUGUCCACGCCCAAUGAACCCAGGAAAGAAGGAGCGCCCCUUACCUGGCUGGACGUGUACUCCGACUUGAACAACACCAUCACCACUCUGGCUCAAGUUACCCAGUGUUUCUCCCUGAACAAGCUGGAGGGUGCUGCCACAGAGGGACAGAUGAUUGACAGGGCCUUGGAGCUGCUGGAGGAGAGAGAGUUCUGGGCUGGGAUAGUGUUCCUCCUUCCCAACACGUCUUUACCCGGUCUUCCCCCUCAUGUCACCUACAAGAUCCGCAUGGACAUCGACGAUGUUGCACGCACCAACAAGAUCAAGGACAGGUUCUGGGACCCGGGCCCAGCAGCGGACCCCUUCAGUGACAUGCGCUACAUCUGGGGGGGCUUUGUGUACGUACAGGACCUGGUGGAGAGGGCUGUGGCCCGUGUGCUGAGUGGUGUGGAGCAGUCCACUGGCCUCUACAUCCAGCAGAUGCCCUACCCCUGCUACGUGGAUGACGUUUUCCUACGCGUGCUGAACCGCUCGCUGCCCCUGUUCAUGACGCUGGCAUGGAUCUACUCGGUGGCCAUGAUCAUCAAGGGCGUGGUGUACGAAAAGGAGGCGCGGCUCAAGGAGACCAUGAGGAUCAUGGGGCUUGGUACAGGCCAGCUGUGGGUCAGCUGGUUCAUCAGCAGCCUGGUGCCCUUCCUGGUCAGCGCCGGCCUCCUCAUUGCUCUGCUCAAGUGGGGGGACAUCCUGCCCUACAGCAACCCGGCUGUGGUGUUCUUCUUCCUGACGGCCUUCGCUACGGCCACCAUCAUGCAGUGUUUCCUCAUCAGCACCUUCUUCUCCCGGGCCAACCUGGCAGCCGCCUGCGGAGGCCUCAUCUACUUCGCCCUCUACCUGCCCUAUGUGCUGUGUGUGGCCUGGAGAGACCACCUCACCACCACACAUCGUGUCCUAGCAAGCCUGUUUUCUCCUGUGGCCUUUGGCUUUGGCUGUGAGUAUUUCUCCCAGUACGAGGAACAAGGAGUGGGCAUCCAGUGGUUCAACCUGCACUCCAGCCCCAUGGAGGGAGACACCUACAAUUUCACCACUUCCAUAAUCAUGUUGCAUAUCGAUGCAUGUAUCUACGCUCUGGCCACCUGGUACAUUGAAGCUGUUUUCCCAGGUGAAUAUGGGGUCCCCAGGCCAUGGAACUUCGUGUUCAGUUUGAACUAUUGGGGAGGAAUUCCUCUAGAGGCCGGCAUGCCCAUCCCUCCGGCUCCCAGAGGACAGGGAGGAGAUCGCAUCGAAGCCGACCCCUCUCACCUCAUACUCGGUGUGGCCAUCCGCAACCUGGUCAAAAUCUACAAACAAGGUGCCAAGCUGGCGGUCAACCACCUCAAUCUCAAGUUCUAUGAAGGGCAGAUCACCUCUUUCCUUGGGCACAACGGUGCUGGCAAAACAACCACCAUGUCUAUCCUGACGGGUUUGUUUCCCCCCACGGCUGGGACUGUGUACAUUAAGGGCAUGGACAUCCGCACUGACAUGGACAUCAUCAGGAAGACCUUGGGAGUGUGUCCUCAGCACAAUGUCCUUUUUGACAUUCUGACCGUAGAGGAGCAUGUGUGGUUCUAUGGUCGUCUGAAGGGCCUAUCAGGCGAUGAGGUGAGGAAGGAGUUGGACACUCUCCUGGAGGAUGUGGGCCUGCUGCACAAACGCCACGAACAGACCAGGAACCUGUCUGGUGGUAUGCAGAGGAAGCUGUCGGUGGCCAUAGCAUUUGUGGGGGGUUCGAAGGUGGUGGUCCUGGAUGAGCCCACAGCUGGGGUGGACCCCUACUCCCGUCGAGGCAUUUGGGACCUGCUGCUCAAGUACCGCAAAGAUCGCACCAUCAUCCUCUCCACCCACUACAUGGAUGAGGCUGACCUUCUCGGAGACCGCAUAGCCAUCAUCUCCCAAGGGAAGCUGUGCUGCUGCGGCUCCCCCCUCUUCCUCAAGGCCAAGCUGGGGACGGGCUACUACCUCACCGUCGUCAAGAAGGAGGGACUGGAUACUCGAACCCCCAGUAGUGCCAGCGCUACCAAACUGCCCCCUGCCACAAAGGACAGUGACUCCUCCAUGAGUGACGACACAGGUCUGGGCAGUGAUGUUAGUGGCUCAGACCUGGCUGCCCUGUUGACCCUGGCGCAGCGUCACAUCCCCGGGGCGCGGCUGGUGGAGGACGUGGGCCGUGAGGCGGUCAUCAACCUGCCCCAGAAGUCGGCAGAGGACAGCAGUCUGGCCAUCUUCCUCACAGAGGUUGACAGGAGGCAGGCUGAUCUGGGCAUCACUAGCUACGGCCUGUCUGACACCACCCUGGAGGAGAUCUUUCUGAGAGUGGCUGAGGAGACAGGGGUGGAUGUGGACCCAGAGGACAGCCCAGGACAAGCUGACACACCCCAUGGGCAGGGUCAAUCACAGGGCUUGUCUGGAGAGCCAUCUGAGGAUCCAGGAAGAAAACGGCUUCGCAAGCAAGAGCCCCAGGAGACGGACCUGCUGAGUGGGGAUGGCCAUGGCGGUGUCCCUCUGACCGGUUGGGGUUUGACGUGGCAGCAGCUCCGUGCUCUCUUCAUCAAGAGGUGGCUGUAUGCCCUCCGCAGUCGCAGGGGCUUCUUCGCUCAGAUCGUGCUGCCUGCUGUGUUUGUGUUGAUCGCUCUCCUUUUCAGCCUCAUCGUCCCUCCGUUCGGAAAGUACCCCUCGCUCCAGCUACAGCCCUGGAUGUACGGGGAACAGUACACCUUCUUCAGCAACGAUGCCCCUGGGGAUCCUGCCAUUCAGAAUCUGCUGGAUGCCCUUCUGGACCGGCCUGGAUUUGGAACCAAGUGCAUGGAAAACAGCACGGAUCCUCAGUGUUUGCAGGAGGAGGAAGGCAUGUUCAUGAGGCCCCAGAUUCUCUACUCCACCUGGCAGCUCUUCAACAGGGGCAACUGGACUGCAGACAAGCCAUCUCCUGACUGUGAGUGCAGCUCUGAGGAAGUCCGCAGGAUGCUACCAGACUGCCCUGAAGGAGCCGGAGGCAUCCCCCCUCCACAGGUCCAGAGAUUGACAGGGGAUAUCCUGCAGAAUAUGACCGGCCGCAAUAUCUCGGACUACCUGGUCAAGACUUACCCUCAGAUAAUGAAGAAAAGCCUAACUUCAGCCACUAAGAAGUGGAUCAAUGAAUUCAGAUAUGGGGGCUUCUCUCUGGGGGGCAGAGGUACUCAGGCUGUCCCACAGGCCUACCAAAUGGAGCACUCAGUCAUGUCUAUACGGUCACGUUACAAAGUGGCACAGAAUAGCUCAUUGGAUCAGCUCCUGGGUCGCCUACCAGAGUUUCUGGGUGGCCUGAAUAGUCAGAACAAUGUUAAGGUGUGGUAUAACAACAAGGGUUGGCACGCCAUGGCAUCGUUUGUCAAUGUCAUGAACAAUGGCCUGCUCCGUGCCAGCCUGCCCCCAGGGCCAGAGCGAAUGAAGUAUGGCAUAACCGCCUACAACCACCCUCUCAACCUCACCAAGGAACAGCUCACUGAAAUUGCCAUGAUGACCACCUCAGUAGAUGUUCUGGUGUCCAUCUGUGUGAUCUUCUCCAUGUCCUUUGUGCCGGCCAGCUUUGUGCUGUUUCUCAUCGAGGAGAGGGUCAGCAAAGCCAAGCACCUUCAGUUUGUCAGCGGAGUCCGGCCCAUUCUCUACUGGCUGGCUAACUUCACCUGGGACAUGCUGAACUAUACAGUCCCGGCCACUAUGGUGGUCCUCAUCUUCAUUUGCUUCCAGCAACAGUCCUAUGUGUCUGAAACCAACCUCCCUGCUCUGGUCCUGUUGCUCUUGCUUUAUGGCUGGUCUAUCACUCCUCUCAUGUAUCCAGCCUCCUUCCUGUUCAGUGUCCCCAGCACUGCUUAUGUUGUCCUCACCUCAAUCAACCUCUUCAUCGGCAUCAACGGCAGCAUAGCCACCUUUGUCUUGGAGCUGUUCGUAGAUCAGCACUUGAACGAUAUCAACAAGAUCCUAAAGAAAGUCUUCCUGAUCUUCCCCCACUUCUGUCUGGGUCGAGGCCUCAUCGACAUGGCUAAGAACCAGGCUAUGUUGGAUGCUUUCCAGAGACUGGGCGCAAAGCAGACCCUGGACCCCCUGGAAUGGGACUUUGUGGGGAAGAACUUGUUUGCCAUGGCUGUGGAGGGUGUCGUGUUCUUUCUCUUCACAAUACUACUACAGUACAAGUUCUUUGUCAACUGCAGGCCCUGCUCUGAGCCUGAGUUGCCUCCUCUUGGCCCGGAAGAUGAGGACAUCGCCAGGGAGAGAGAGAGAGUGAAGAGUGGGAAAGCCCAAGCCGAUAUACUCACCAUGAUGGACCUGAGUAAGGUGUACAAAGCUGGCAAGAAGCCAGCAGUAGAUCGUCUGUGUCUGGGUAUUCCUCGUGGUGAGUGCUUUGGCCUGCUGGGGGUAAAUGGGGCUGGGAAGACCUCCACGUUUCGCAUGCUGACUGGAGACACUGCGAUCACCUAUGGAGAAGCAUUUCUCAGUCAUCACAGUGUGCUGACGGAGAUGGAGCGGGUCCACCAGCUGAUGGGCUACUGCCCCCAGUUUGAUGCCAUCUGCGACCUGCUGACUGGCAGGGAGCACCUGGAGUUCUACGCUAGGCUCCGAGGGGUGCCAGAGGAGUCUGUGGCUAAGGUGGCUCAAUGGGGAGUGAAGAAGCUGGGGCUGACCCAGUAUGCAGAGCGAGAGGCCGGAGGCUACAGUGGAGGCAACAAACGCAAACUCUCCACUGCUAUCUCCCUGAUCGGAGCUCCCCCUGUUAUAUUCCUGGAUGAGCCCACCACUGGCAUGGACCCCAAGGCCAAGAGAUUCCUGUGGAACUGCAUCCUGAGCGUCAUCAAGGAGGGAAGGGCCGUUGUUCUCACCUCCCACAGUAUGGAGGAAUGUGAAGCUCUCUGCACACGAAUGGCCAUCAUGGUGAACGGAAGGUUCCAGUGUCUGGGCUCCGUUCAACAUCUUAAGAACAGGUUCGGGGACGGCUACACGAUCGUCCUGCGCCUGUCAGGGACCAAGCCUCCCGAGGAUCCGUGCACAGUGGACACCUACAUCAAGGGCUCCUUCCCGGGCAUCGAGCUAAAGGAGAGGCACCAGAACGUGCUGCAGUACCAGCUGCCCUCCCACUCCUGCUCCUUGGCUCGGGUCUUCGAUGUGCUUUCCAACAACCACGAGGAGCUGGGCAUCGCCGACUACUCAGUGUCACAGACCACCCUGGACCAGGUGUUUGUCAACUUUGCCAAAGAGCAGAGCGAUGACGACCUGCUGAGGGAAGUGACAGUCAACGGAGGGACACCAGCACCUCAACCCAGAAGAGCGGCCCAGCCCACCCAACCAGGGCAGACAGCCAAACCAGCUCAAACAACCAAGCCUCCCCAGUCUGUCAAGUCCUCAGACGGCAGACCCAGAGAGACCAAGCCAAACGGGGUACCAGACAGUGGCAUGGCGAUGACCAGCAGGCCACAGGAGAAGCCCCAGUCGAGCAGGAGAGAGUUGAGUAGUCGGAGAUCAAGCAAGGAAUCGUCUGCCAACGGAUCCAAGGGCACAAGGGAGACUUCAGGCAGUAAGGAUCCGACCAGUCUGUUCCUAGUGGGUAGCAGCACACAAGACAGCAGUGUGUAAAGUUAUUGGGCAACAGCCCCCUUAAUGGACAGACCGGGAGCUCUGUGCCCUCUAGGAGAGGGGGGAAAGUACUACCGGAUAGCUCCUCUAAUUUCUGGGUGUGGUGCCUUGUUCAUUCUCCAUCACAGCUAUACUGUAGUGCUCCAAUAUAUCCAAACGAAUUGUAUUCACCUCCAAUUACAUACAGGCACUUUCAUGGGUCAGGUCUUUUGCUUAUUAUUUACUUUUUAUUUGUCAUUUCAAUUUCCAAAUGUUUUGAAAAUUAAUGAUGGAAUAGUGGUAUUCAUCAUGGGUCAAUCAUCGAGUCUUUCAAUAUCUUUGCAUUUUGCCUAAAGCACUUUAACUGAGAAAUGCUGCACACAAUGAUUGUUACAUUAUCACUGAAAAUGUUCAGGGCAACAAAAUCAUCAAUAUUUUUUCACAUUGGUCUCAUGUUUUGCACAGAGAGAGAAAUAUAUAUUUUUCUGAUGUCCAGUCACAUUUAUUUGAUGCUAAAAACAUGGUUUAUUUGCACUGGCACAACAUUGAGAUGUACAGUUACCAGACUGCAUACCAGACUCCAAACACUGCCUUCAUUAGGUAAACUGUUUUUAUAUAGUUUUUUUAAAAUCUGUUUUUAAUUGGGCUCAUGUUAUACUGUAUGGAACUUGAAAAAAAAAACAAUGUAGCUGUAAAUCCAAAGCAGUUUACUACUGUGCUGCAGUCUGACGUAUUGGAGAGAUACAAUAACUGAUAGGUAUGUGUAUCUAUACAUACAAUUGAAUGUAUGGUCUUAUGAUGUACUAUAUUAUGCUUGAACAUUCAUACUUGAUUAUGUGUAUAUAUAACUAGAUGUAUACAGAACAUAUAGUAAUAAACCUUUAAAUGGG